AUUUCCUCCUGACCUUUUCAUCACUCCACACGUUAAUUCAAUCCCUCUCAUUUGAAUUCACACUCCGCAGCUCUUACUGAUCUUAUAAACCUCCAUCUGAAUCUGAACCAAUCAUCUUAUCUACUUCCAGCCAUCGGAUUUCAUCAGAGCAGGAAGAAAUGAGUGCUAGUGAAGAACCUCCAACUGUCGACACCAGCCAUUCUCCGUCGACGGCGAUUGAUAAGAAGAAGGAGAAAGGAAAGGUGAGCAGAACGUCUCAGAUGUUAUGGCACGCGCAUCAGAAUGAUCCUGUUACAUUAAUGAAGUUGUUGGAAGAAGAUCCGUCGUUGGCCAUAGCUAGGGAUUACGAUAAUCGGACGUCUCUUCACGUUGCAGCUCUCCAUGGAUGGAUCGAUGUUGCCAAGUGUUUGCUCGAGAAAGGAGCUGAUGUUAAUGCUCAGGAUCGUUGGAGGAACACGCCUUUAGCAGAUGCUGAAGGAGCUAAACAGUAUAGUAUUGUUGAGUUGUUAACGUCUCAUGGUGGAUUAUCCUAUGGACAAAAUGGAAGUCAUUUUGAAUCGAAGCCUGUCGCGCCACCUCUUCCGGACAAGUGUGAUUGGGAAAUUGAACCUUCUGAAUUGGACUUCUCGACAGCGCACGUCAUUGGAAAGGGGUCUUUUGGUGAGAUAAUAAAGGCAAGCUGGCGUGGAACACCUGUAGCUAUCAAACGUAUUCUUCCGAAUCUGUCAGAUGAUAAAUUGGUUAUUCAGGACUUCAGACAUGAGGUGGAUUUGCUGGUCCAGCUUCGUCAUCCUAAUAUUGUCCAAUUCCUUGGAGCUGCCACCGACAAAAAGCCGCUAAUGUUAAUUACUGAGUAUUUACGUGGGGGUGAUCUUCAUCAGUACUUGAGGGACAAAGGGGCAUUAAGUGCAUUACCUGCCAUCAACUUGGCUCUAGAUAUUGCUAGAGGCAUGGCUUAUCUUCAUAACGAACCAAAUGUCAUAAUUCAUAGAGAUCUGAAGCCAAGGAACGUUCUUCUAGUUAACUCUAGUGCAGACCACUUGAAAGUUGGGGACUUUGGAUUAAGCAAGCUCAUUAGGGUGGAAAAAGCUCAUGAUGUCUACAAAUUGACUGGUGAAACUGGAAGCUAUCGUUAUAUGGCUCCUGAAGUAUUUAAGCACCGCAAGUAUGACAAGAAAGUUGAUGUCUUCUCCUUCGCAAUGAUUCUAUACCAGAUGCUUGAAGGUGAACCACCAUUGUCGAACUAUGAACCUUACGAAGCAGCAAAAAUUGUAGCUGCAGGAGACAGGCCGGAGUUUAGGGCAAAAGGCUACCAUCCCGAGUUGCAAGAGUUAACGAAAGAGUGCUGGUCUAAGAGAAUGAACGAGAGACCAACUUUCUUGGAGAUUCUUAAAAGACUGGAGAAGAUAAAGGAGAUGAUAUCAUCAGAUAAUCACUGAACCUGUUUUCGUUUGAAGAUAGAUUUAAUUAGUAAUGUUUUCUGUUACAACCUGUUGUGUCUUGUCUCAUUUUUUUUCCAUGAAAAACUAACUGUACAUUAAUUUGCACAAUAUGUAACUCAUUCAGAUUACAUUGUUGAGUCAGUCAGUGUGUACAUUCUUCAUUCAAAAAUAAUGUGAUUCAUAAUAUUUGACCUUAUUGGGUUGGAAGUGGGAUGAUUUUUUAUUUUAUUUUUGAAAAUUAAUUAUA